UUAAAGGUAUCUGAAGACAGCUGAACCGAAUGAGCAGCCGUAUAUGUGCGCAGACCGAGGAGUCGGACGGGAGCACAGUGAGCUUUGUACUUUGUUCGUCUAUUUUUUUUUUUAAUGUAAUUUGAGCGUAAAAUCUGCUGCGUCAUUUAUAAUGGCAACUGGAAACUACGUAGCUGAACUAAACGAGCAUGCACAGAAAAGAGGCUAUGAACUGCACUAUGACGACCUUGGCUCUUUUGGUCCUGACCAUGUUAAAACAUUCAGCCAGAGGGCAGUCUUAAACGGUAAAGUCUACCCAGAGGGUGUGGGGAAGAGCAAGAAAGAAGCAAAGCAAAAUGCUGCUAAAAAUGCCCUGAACUGCUUGUUGGAGAACAAACACCAGGACUCAGCUGACUUAACAAAUGGAACAGAAGCUUCCACUUCAACAGUUCUUCAGACGAGUAUCAGUAACAUCAACUAUAUAUGUUGGCUCAAUGAAUAUGGUCAGAAGAACAGGAAGACUAUAAGGGCUGUGGAGUCAACCAGACCGGGACCAAAUAAUACUGUUCAAUGUUGCAGCUUUGUGGUUGGUGAUAAGGAGUACCCAGCUGUCUCUGGAAAUACAAAGAGGGAAGCCAAGGAGGAAGCAGCAAAGCUUGUAUAUGAUGUGAUACAUGGCAGUACAACUACAGAGACUGCAGAUGAGAAUUACAACAGUACAUCUGGUCAGCAACAUGAGGCAUUAACUCAGGAUGUUUCUGAUAUCUGUACCAUGACAAGAGACCUGAGUGUGACCUCCAGAGACAACAGCUUUACAAAGACAAAUUUCAUUGGAAUUGUGAACCACUACUGUCAGAAAACAAAACGUUCCCAUGAUUACAUCUUAGAGAGAAGAUGUGGUCCACCACAUAACCCCCAAUUUUUCUACAAGUUAGUGAUCGACAACAAGGAAUACCCUUUGGCUGAGGGUAAGAGUAUCAAGGAAGCCAGACAAAAUGCAGCUGAGCUGGCCUGGUCUGCUCUUCAAGAACAGUCUGACUGGGACAGUCAGGUGUCCUUCAGGUCCACAGUGUCCGAAGAUGGUGCACCAUCUGCCUCUGCCCCAUCAACUACACAGGGCUCCACUGAAUCAUCAUCACUAAGCGAGCCAAUCAGUACAAGUGAAUCAAUAGUAUUCAGAGAAUCAUCGAACCCUUCCAGGGCUCAGGGGCCCUUAUGGUCAACUGGGUCUGGAAGUGAUGCACCAACCAGUUCAUCAACACCAUCUUCAAUGGAGUCACCAAGCAUGGCAACGAGUAGAAAUGACUCUGCAAUCACAGAUUUAUCAAACUCAACUGAGGAUCAGGCUGCUGAGAGUAUGGGUAAUACAUCAAUCCAGUCAAGAUUUGCAUCAGACUUUGAUAGCAUAGAGCGUCUUGGCAAAGGAGGCUUUGGUUCUGUUUACAAAGUAAGACAAAAACUGUCGGACAAGUAUUACGCCGUCAAGGUUGUCCGUAGUAACGAAAAAGCUCUGCGAGAGGUGAAGGCAUUAUCAGAGUUUGAACACCAGAACAUUGUUCGAUACUACCAUUGUUGGACACAGGAUACAGAGUACAAAGACCACAGUUCAACAGACAGUUCUCAGUAAGUCUCUUACUAUUCUUAUUUAUUAAAAAUAAAAGUGUGAUAUCUCACCAAUUUUUUCUUUUUUAGGUCUGUCAGUAAUUCAUCGCCAGAGUUCCUAUACAUUAUGAUGGAAUUAUGUGACAACAAAACACUUAAAGGCUGGAUACAUGAGAGGAAUGAGAUGACGCUGGAACACUCCAAGAGAGGAGAAGAAAGUCUAACCAUUGCUCUACAAAUAGUCAGUGGAGUCGAGUACAUCCACUCCAAAAAUCUCAUCCACAGGGAUCUGAAGCCUGCUAACAUCAUGUUUGGACGGGAUGGAGAAGUGAAGAUUGGGGACUUUGGUCUAGUCACUGCUGAGGCUGAUGACGAUGAUGAAAACCUGAUGGAGAGGACAUACAAAACAGGAACCUUAUCUUACAUGGCUCCUGAACAAGAGAGUGAGACGACCUACAACCGAAAAGUGGACAUAUUUGCUUUGGGGCUGAUUUACUUUGAACUUCUUUGGAAACUCUCCUCUGGCCAUGAAAGAGUAGUGGUUUUUAGGGAUGCCAGGAGUCAGAAGUUCCCAAAACAGUUUGGUAUAACUUUUUCCCAAGAGAAACGAAUGAUUAAAUCAAUGCUUAGUCUGAGGCCAGAAAGCCGACCUGAAGCAAGAAAACUGAAGGCAGAGCUGGAUCAAUGGCUCAAUGCACAAAAAACUAUGCAUCAGCAAAAUGUCACUUGUGACAGAGGGAAGUGCAGCAGUGCCACAACUAGUGCUUGUGCCUCGUUCACCAGUUUGUGCACUCAGGGUGUUUUACGAUUCGGGAUGGGAAGAAAAAACUAUGUAGCUAAACUAAAGGAGCAUGCACGACGAACAGGCUCAGAGCUGAAGUUUGAGGCCGCUGCCUCUGAGGGACCAGAAUGCACUAAAAGGUUCGUCCUGAGGGCCGUGGUCAAUGGCCAAGACUUUCCUAAUGGUGUGGGGGAGAACAAAAAGAAAGCCAAGCAGAAUGCAGCUAAAAGUGCACUGAGAGGUUUGAGUGAGAAAGAAAAUCAGAGGCCGAUGUGUGAAAAUGCAUCAGAAAAUGUGGCAAAAAAUCCUACGGAACAAGUUUAUCAGAAAAGUAUCGCUAAACCUUACUGUCUCAAUGAAUAUGGUCAGAGGAGCAGGGUGCCUAUAAAGUCUGCGAAAUCAAGACCAGGACCAAAUAAUGCUACUCCCUUUGUGGCUGGUGAUGAGUACCCGGCUGCCUCUGGGAAAACCAAGAAGGAAGCCAAGGAGGAGGCAGCACCCCUUGUAUAUGAUGUAUAUGGUACAGAGGUGUCCUUCUGUCGCUCUGUAUGUGAUGACGGUGCCCCAACCAAGCGCUCCACACCACAAACUAAACUGGAGUUCUGUGACGCAAAAUCAAAAAGUGUGGCAACAACUACAAGUGACUCUGUUGCUUUCAGCGAUUCAUCAAACCAUUCCAUGGUUCAGGAACAUCCUGAUGUGAAGCCCAAAAGAGAAUAUGCAGCAGAUUUUCAAAACGCCAGUCAGAACAGCAAAGAGGAUGUGAUGAUUCCUGAAGAAAUGAACACAGGAACUGGUCUGAGUGAGGGGACAUCAACGCCAUCAGAAACCUCCAGUAAAACAUUUACAUCAGAAUUUGACUCCAUAGAGCGGAUCGGCAGAGGAGCCUUUGGUUGUGUCUUCAAGGCAAAACAGAAACUGUUGGGGAAGUUUUAUGCUGUAAAGAUCGUCCCCUGUAAAGAGAACAAGAAAGCUCUACGAGAGGUGAGGGCACUGUCUGACCUCCAUCACCACAACAUCGUCCGAUUCUACUCGUGUUGGGUGGAGGAUUCGGGGUACCAAUUGGACAAUUCAGAUGACAGUUGCAGCACAUCACAGUCUUCCAGUAAUUCAUCUACAAAGUUCCUCUAUAUUCAGAUGGAGUUGUGUGAGACCACAACACUUAAGGACUGGAUAAAUGAGAGGAACACUCUGUCUCAGCGAAACUCAAAGAGAAGACAGGAAAGCCUGACCAUUGCCCUGCAAAUAGUCCGUGGAGUCGAGUACAUUCACUCCAAGUUGUUCAUCCACAGAGACCUGAAGCCUGCCAACAUCAUGUUUGGACGAGAUGGAAAAGUGAAGAUUGGAGACUUUGGUCUGGUGACUGUAGAGAAUGAUGACGAUGCUGACAACGUGAUGGAGAGAACAGUGUACAAAGGAACCCCGUCUUACAUGGCUCCUGAGCAGAAGAGUGAGACGACUUAUGACCGAAAGGUUGACAUUUUUGCUUUGGGGCUGAUAUACUUUGAACUUCUUUGGAAAAUCUACACUGGUCAUGAAAGAGAGCUGAUUUGGGGUGACGCCAGAAGACAGAAACUUCCCCAAGAGUUUUCAAGCAGCUUUCCUGAAGAGUACAUCAUCAUAAGGUUAAUGCUGAGUGUGAAGCCAGAAGACCGACCUGAAGCAAAUCGGCUCAAGACAGACCUGGAACACUGCACUCAAAGACUCAACACUCGAGCCUUAGCACGUCACGGCAGCAGAACUGUCUGAUCAACAGAGGAAUGAAAAAAAAAAAAUCAUGGCAAUUUAUUUUACAUCAUGUCCCAUACAUGUACUUGGUAGGUGGUCAGUUUUAAUGUCUGAAAGGCAUCUCCACAGUUCGCUGAGUAUUGUGCAAUGCUGUUGGGACUGAGGAUAAAUAAAGAUACAACUUGUGUCAUGAAUUUCAGAAGAAAAUUAAAUGUUUCAUGCUGGCUUAGUUUUCUUUUAAUACUUGAUGAUGAGUCUGCUGGUUGGGCUCUGGAGGCUCUUUUGAAGA